GCCAUGGAAACAGGAAAUCACUCCACAGUGACUGACUUUAUCCUCGCAGGAUUAACAGAUCAGCCAAAACUCAAGUUCCUCCUUUUCUUCUUAUUCCUGUGCAUCUAUGUGACCACUGUCGUGGGAAACUUAGGCAUGAUCACCCUGAUUGGGUUCAGUUCCCACCUUCACACCCCCAUGUACUAUUUACUCAGUUGUUUGUCCUUCAUUGAUCUUUGCCAUUCCACUGUCAUCACUCCCAAAAUGCUUGUUAACUUUAUGUCCAAGAAGAACAUCAUCUCCUACAAUGAGUGCAUGACUCAACUCUAUAUCUUUAUCAUUUUUAUUGUUUCUGAGUGUCAUUUGUUGACUGUGAUGGCAUAUGACCGUUAUGUCGCCAUUUGUAGCCCUCUGUUGUAUAAUGUCAUUAUGCUAUUGGGCGGGAUGAGCAUGAUAGGCUUGCUUGCUGCUACUGCUCAGACCGGGUGCAUACUCAGAUCAUUCUUCUGCAAAGACAACAUCAUCAAUCAUUAUUUCUGUGAUCUCAAUCCCCUCUUAGAGCUUUCUUGCUACAGUACCUAUGCUUGUGAAGUGGUCAUUCUACUCUUUGGGGUAAUUAACAUAAUUUUCCCAAUUCUGACUAUCCUUAGUUCUUAUUUCUUCAUCAUUGCCAGCAUCCUCCGUAUCCAAUCAACAGAGGGAAGAUUUAAAGCCUUCAGUACCUGCAGUUCUCACAUAAUUGUUGUUUCCAUCUUCUAUGGUUCUGCAGCAUUCAUGUACUUACAACCCUCCUCAGUUAGUUCUAUGGACCAGGGAAAAGUGUCCUCUGUGUUUUAUACCAUCCUGGUGCCCAUGCUGAACCCUCUGAUCUAUAGCCUGAGGAACAAAGAUGUCAAAGUUGCACUAAUCAAAAUAUUGGAGAGAAAAAAAUUCUGGUGAAGAAAAGAAAAGUGAGAGAGACAAUGUUAGAGAUUGGAAGAUGCAAUGUUAGUUCUUGGAAAAUUGGGAUACAUUAAUAUAUCCAUUGGGGGCAUAGUCACUUUUCUGUUAUUUUUCUCUUUUCCUUGGCUUCUGCAUCUUUUUAUAAACACUGCUCUGCAUUUCUGAGAAGUAAUGAUGAUGAUUGGUUCUACUUAUAAAUAGUAUCUAUAUCUUGUGCAUUGGGUCUCAUUGCUCUUAAUAUUUUUGCAAUACAAUUAUUGAGCAGCUGUAAGGGUACUCUACUCAAUAAAAUAAUUUUGUAAUUAUACCUUAUCAGGUCUAAAUUUAUGAUAAUUUCCAGGUUCAAGAUUGAUUAGGUUUGGGUUUCAAAAUCUCUCCUUUAUACCCUGUUGACUAGGAGUUUCACCUUCUUGUGUUUUUUAGAAGAAAUCCCCAGGAAAUCUUAAAAAUAGUUUUGAUCCUCAAACCACCCAACCCUACUAAAGGUACUUGUGCCCCAGCAAUAGGUAUUAAGACUAUUGGUCUAAUCUGUCAACUGCCGCAUUCUUCAGGGCUUGGCAAGAUCUUAAGGUUCACAGCAAUUCAGUUGUACUUUUGUUUACUCUUCAUGUUUUUUUUUUUUACUUUUGAUCAGCAUAAAAAUCCAAUUAAUUACUGAUAAGUUCUAUUAUAUUAACUUUUCCUACAAGUCUAUUAGAAUGUAGUGUGUUGAAGAGGAUCAGGUUAUAAAGAAAUAAAUACACUAUGGUAUGUAGAGAGGAGAACCAUCAUAUAGCUUCACCAAUUGUUUCCAGUUUUAUAAAGGGCAACACACACACACACACACACACACACACACACACACACACACACACACCUUGUCAGUUACCAGACUACUAUAUCUAUAAGGAGGAGAAUAUUGGAAGAUCUAUACUCAGGC